UAUAUAAAAUUAUAUAUAUAUAGAAAAACAUAAUUACGUUUUGGAAGACAGAGAGGGAAAGACUGCCAAAAUUUUCUUGAAUCUUGUCUCACUUAUUCUUUUGGCUUGAGUUCAGAGAACAGUCUUUUCGAAGUUCAUCGUUUUCGUUUUUCUCUCCUUGAUUUUGUCAAGGAAAAAAAUCUGAGAGCCUUUGGAUCCCGUCAAGUGGAGAAUUGAUGACGAUAUGUGGGGAUUUGGCUCUUUAAAUCAAAAUAAAAUGAUGGAGCGAUUCAUCUCCGUUUUGACUUUGGUGUUGUAUUUGAUUCUCCGAGUUGGCGGCAACGCGGAAGGUGAUGUUUUGAAUGCAUUGAAGACCAAUAUGGCUGACCCCAAUAACGUGUUGCAAAGUUGGGAUGCAACCUAUGUGAAUCCUUGCGGAUGGGAUCAUGUUACAUGUAAUGAUGAAAAUAGUGUGACAAGAGUUGAUCUUCAGAAUGCAAGUCUAUCUGGUCAAUUGGUUCCACAGCUUGGGCAGCUUCCAAAUUUGCAAUACUUGGAGCUUUAUGGUAGUAACAUAUCUGGGAUAAUCCCUGAGGAGCUUGGGAAUUUGACGAACUUGGUGAGCUUGGAUCUUUACUUGAAUAAUUUAUCUGGAGGCAUUCCAACUACCCUGGGCAAGCUUACAAAAUUGCGUGUCCUGCGUCUCAACAACAACUCAUUGACAGGUACAAUUCCUGCGUCCUUAACUACUGUUAUGACACUGCAAGUGCUGGAUCUUUCGAACAAUCAGCUAGUAGGAGAUAUUCCUGUUAAUGGUUCCUUUACGCUAUUCCAUUCGAGCAGUUUUAGUAAUAAUAAACUCAACAAUCCUCCACCAGCUUCGCCAACUUCAUCAGGUAAUAGUGUCAUUGGUGCUAUUUUUGGAGGAGUUUUUGCUGGAGCUCUCCUGCUGUUUUCUGUUCCUGCAAUUAUAUUUGCUCGGCGGCAUAGUAGGAAACGACAGGAUCUUUUAUCUAAGGACCCAGAAUAUCAUUUGGGACAACUUAAAAGGUUUUCUUUGCAUGAACUACAAGCGGCAACUGAUUAUUUUAGCAACAAACAUGUUGUGGGUAGUGGUGGUUCUGGUAGAGUUUAUAAAGGUCAUUUAGUUGAUGGAUCUCUUGUGGCUAUAAAAAGACUGAAACAGGGGUAUACUCAUGGUGGAAUGCGGCAGUUCCAAGCUGAGGUCGAAAUGGUAAGUAUGGCUGUGCAUCGAAAUCUACUACGUCUACGUGGCUUUUGCAUGACCGCUACAGAACGGUUGCUUGUCUAUCCCUUUAUGGUUAAUGGUAGUGUUAGAUCCUGUUUAAGAGAGCGUCCAGAGUCUCAAGCACCACUUGACUGGGGUGUAAGAAAACGGAUUGCACUGGGGGCUGCGAGGGGGAUUGCAUAUUUGCAUGAUCAUUGUAACCCCAAGAUUAUACACCGUGAUUUGAAGGCUGCAGAUAUAUUGUUGGAUGAAGAAUUUGAAGCAGUUGUUGGAGACUUUGGGCUGGCCAAAUUGAUGGACUACAAAAAUACUCAUGUCACAACUGCUGUUCGUGGCACAAUGGGUCAUAUAGCCCCUGAAUACCUGUCAAGUGGAAGGGCAUCAGAGAAAACUGAUGUUUUUGGGUAUGGUAUUAUGCUUCUUGAACUCAUUACAGGACAAACGGCUGUUGAUCUUGCUAGACUUGCAAAUGAUGAUGUCAUGUUGCUUGAUUGGGUAGAAGGGCUUCUGAAAGGCAAGAAGUUGGAAACGCUGGUUGACUCUGAUCUUCAAGGUAAUUACAUAAAGGAAGAAGUGGAACAGCUAAUCCGGGUGGCUCUUUUAUGCACUCGAAGCACCCCAGUGGGAAGGCCUAAGAUGGCCGAAGUGGUCAGAAUGCUGGAUGGUGAUGGCUUGGCUGAAAGAUGGGAAGAUUGGCAGAAAAAGAAAAUGUUCCACCAAGAGUUUAGCAAUACCCGCCACCCCAAUGUGAAUUGGAUUAUCACAGAUUCCACUUCUCGCAUCCUUCCAGAUGAACUGUCAGGUCCUAGGUGA